AUGUUCUGGAAGCCAACCUUCCUCCUCUCUCUCGAUAUGGAUGGAGAGCAACCUCAUGUUGACAGCAUCAUUCGUUCAAUGGGCACCACCCCCCAUCCGGCCCUCCAGUCACUCUCACUGGGCGCGCUCACCAUCCAUAGUCACAACCAGAUUGCUGAGAUGGGGCCGCAUGUGGAGGCCCUACUCGGGACGGCUGUGCCUAAUCUCCGGCAUCUAUCUCUGAAUGCAUACGAGUUUGACAUGGUGUACCUGCGCGACUUGCGCACUCUGCGUGUGAGCCUCUACACCAUGCAAUUGCCGGAGUGCUUCGCGCUUCACAAUAUUGUCGCAGCUUUGGGUCGUUGUCCUCGGUUGGAGCUAUUGGCUAUGAUGCUCCCAGGGCGCCCGCAAACCUCCGAUGUCGCGUUGUCUACUCCCAUUUCGAUGCCGCAUCUCCGCACUGUGAUCAUGCAUGGGUCCACUUCUUUGUGCACCGACGUAUUUCGUGCACUUAGGGACGUCCAUGGGUCCGCGAGACUCCUCGUCAAUGCGAUGGAUUUCGAUGUCCCUGUGCCUCCGAUCGGCGUAGCGCCGGUCUCCCAGUUGGCGGCAUCCAUGGGCGAUCUUGUCAUGAACAAAACUCCACCCAUCAUCCACUCAAUGAUGAUCUCACAGAGCACACCUCGAAGUCAACUCGAAACGCCGGUGCCGCACGGCAUCUCAGUUCACUCACGGUUUGUAUUCGUCGGACAAACCCGACCAUCGCAUCACAGCAUGACUAUCCGUCGCCCACUUCGCGCCCAUGAAGAUGAUGAAGCUACUCGAAUCGUGCUUGAGGCAACAGUUUCGGCGGAUGCAGAAGACGAAGUCUCGAAGAACGCUCUGCAAUCGUGGCCUUUGUCCAAUGUCACGCAUCUGGAUCUGCGAGAGGCUCAGCCAUCUGAGAGUUAUCUGUACAUCUUAUUCGCCAACCUCCCUUCAGUGACAACGGUGAUGGUGAAGCAUAGUGCUCCGCUCAUACAGCCUCUUAUAAUCACUUUGCGCAAGUAUCUCCGGGAAGAGGGCCGGCGCAUCGUCGCCAAUAUCGUCUUCGAUUCUGCGGACUUGGAUGGCUCCGAAGGCCUACACGGUCUCUUCAAUGAUACACCCCUACCUCAUCCUAAUGCGCUGGCACGUAACAGCCUGAUCCAUGUUCUACGAUUCUGUGCGGAAAGUGCCCAAGAAGGAUUACCUCUCGAUACAGUCGAAGUGGUCAACGAAUCACUUAAUGCUCAUGGCGGUAGAGUGCUGAGAGCAGAGGGUAAACUUGACUGGAGUGAACUAUACCAAGAUCUUCGGGAGGGGUUUGUGUACGAGGGAAUACUGCACAGUCGGAGGCAAGACCUUGAUGGCACGAAGAGGGACUCCUUCGUAGUCGCAGUCAGUUAA